AGAACACCCCUCUCGCUCGAAAACCGAGACAAAUAAUAUAGCCGGACUCCUUGGCCCUCGGUCUCCCAUGACGCUCUCAAACGGCACCCAUCCAUCCAACGGCCCACACGCGGACCCCCAAGGACCACCCGCAGAUGACGAGCCAAAACGCGUGCUCAUCAUCCUCGACGUCCAGGUCGGGAUGCUCUCAGAUCCUCCAAAGGGGAUCCCCGCCGGGACCUUCGUCGGCGCGAACAUCGCCGCCAUCCUCGCCCACGCCCGCGCCGCGCCGACCCCGCCGCGCAUAGUCCACAUCCGCAACUGCGGCGACCCGGGCGAGGACGAUGAGCACGGCGCGCCGGGCUGGGCGCUCGUGCACGCGCCGCUGCCCGGCGAGUUCGUCGUCGACAAGCGCAAGAACAACGCGUUCGCGGGCACGGAGCUCGGCGCACUCGUCCCGCCGACCGCGGAGAUCGUGCUCGUCGGGAUGCAGAGCGACUUCUGUAUCCGCGCGACGUGCAGCGCUGCGCUCUCGCGCGGGAACGAGGUGCUGCUGGUGCGCGGCGCGCACGCGACGUAUGACCGCGUCGAGGUGCUCGAUCACGGCACUAUCACGCCCGCGGCGGUCGUAGAGGCGGAGAUCGAGGGCGAGCUGGAGGAGGCGGGUGUCAUCAUGCUCGAGAUGAAGGAUCUCCCGCAGCUCUUCACGGACAGCUAAAAGCCGUGCCAUGCUGUUAUGUAGAACACGCGUUAAUGACGGGAUGCAGGGCGUACCCCUCUUUCUUGGGAUCUGGACAUGGAUUGUAUUGGAUCGGUAUGUACUUUAUAGUGGUGUUGGCUGUACUUUGCACGCAUACAUUGGCGGGAUAUGAUAGACGAUACACUCUGC